CACUAAAGAACUUCGUUUCCGUCAAUACGAACACUCGAUCAGCCAAUGAUAUUUUAAGGAAGACGCUCGCGAGGUUUUCGUUUCUUCACCAUGGCAACCAUAGUCCGGUAAAUCUUCGCGUCUUCUUCGUUGUGGGCCACCGGCGGUUCGUCAUGGCAGAGUUGGGUCUAAAUGAUCACCAUCAGAAUGAAGUGAUCAACUACAUGCGAUUUGCACGCUCUAAACGUGGUCUGCGCCUUAAGACAGUAGAUUCUUGUUUUCAAGACCUUAAGGAAAGCAGGCUGGUGGAAGAUACAUUCACUGUUGAUGAAGUGACAGAUAUCCUGGAUGGUUUACAAACUGUAGUGCAUAGUGAGGUGGAAUCAGAACUUAUUAAUACAACUUACACCAAUGUAUUACUUUUACGACAAAUUUUUUCCCAGGCAGAGAAAUGGUGUCUUAAAUUGCAGACUGACAUUUCAGAACUGGAAAAUAGGGAUUUAUUAGAACAAGUUGCUGAGUUUGAAAAAUCAGAAUUUACAUCUCCAAAUAAGAAGCUGAAUCCAGAGUUGGUUAAAACUAAACUUACUCCAUUGCAUGAGGGAGCAUCAGAAUUACUAAACAAGGAAAUAGCAAGACUUCAUGAAGAAAAUGAAAAAUUGAAAACUCGAUUAAAGACAAUAGAGCUGCAGGCUACAAAUGCACUGGAUGAAAAAUCAAACUUAGAAAAGGCUUUACAGAAUUUACAGAUUGCUCAGGGGGACCAAAAGUUUAACAUGACUCAGGAUGUUAGUGAACUAGAAAAUACUAUGGCUAAUUUGAAGUGUCAGUUUGAGAAAACAUUGCAAGACAGUACUGCAAGCCAAAAAUCCUUGGAAGAGAAUCUGGUGUCAACAAAACAUGACUUACUUAAGGUUCAAGACCAGUUAGCUCUGGCUGAAAAGGAAUUAGAAAAGAAGUUCCAACAAACUGCUGCCUAUCGCAAUAUGAAGGAGAUUCUCUCAAAAAAGAAUGAGCAGAUAAAAGAGCUACGAAAGAAGCUUUCAAAAUAUGAGCCAGAUGAUUAAAUUCGGAAGAAUUUGUUUUGUUUCAAGAAACUGCCACAAAAUGAAAUGAAAAUACAGAUUUGGAAAAAGGAUUUGUUGUUCAAUAUGUUUCAGUAUGUUUUCUAAGCAGUCUACUUCCUUUUUUAAUCAUUUUAUUAUUAGAAAGCCAUAAGUGAAAAUGCUGAAUAAAGAAAAAUACAUAUUUGUUAUUUAGGGCCAUUUUAAAUGUUUAAAUCAUAUACUGCAGACAUGUCAAACUCGCGAUGUCACAUGAUGUCACACAACAUAUCGGGACUGUUUCACCAUUGCCGGCAGUGGGGUGGGCACGGCUUCCGCAUGAUGCAUCUGGCCCGGGGUCGGCAGUUGGACACCCCUGAUAUACUGCAUACAAAUGCAGAACAUUUACCAAUUUCUUUGUACAGUAAAAAAAGUUUAUUAUGAACAGUAGUUCAAAAUAGUUAUAGUUUUUUGCAUAUUGUUAAAAUACAAUUCUAAUGAAAACUCCCUAAAGUUUAUAUUUUUCUGAAACAUUGCUUUUCUUUUUCAGAAUAUUAGCUAGAAACAUGAGUUAAUUCUGUUGCCAUGAAACAUAGCACCCACGUUUAGCUUGAAGCUGGUAAGAAACAUGAUCCCUGAAAAAAAAAACUUUUACCUAUGCAAAGGAGCUUUAUUGUCCACCCGAAAAUACAAAUUACCAAGUAAUUCAGGCAAAGCAAAAAGCAUUUAUUUAGGAAGGUCAGGUCUUUAUACAGGGUACAGAAAUAACCAAAUGCUACAUAACGUUCUGUAUAUGUGAUGUGCAAAAAGCAACUGAUCAAACAAUAACACAUUAAGUAAACAUAGGUUAGACACAAUUAAAAUUUGUUGCAUCUUCUGCUUUCCCAUCGGGCUUGUUUUUUUAAUACUUGCAAUACAUAAGGACUUCAGACUAUGCUCCUUAUUUGUUUAGUCUCCAAAAAAGUUAAUAUUUGCAUAUAAAAGAAAUAAAUGGUUUUGGCUAAAAAAGAAAA